GUGAAGGUUGGUAUUUUGGUUUGGGUAUGCAAUAAAAGAGGUCAAUCAGUUGGUUCUGACACACAAUUUCUGACACUCACUAUGGAUAAAUUUCUGAAUGAUAUGGAAAGGGAGAAGCCAAUAAGGUUUACUGAUCAACAGUUAAGGAUUGCAACUGAUAACUAUUCUAUCUUGUUGGGUUCAGGAGGUUUUGGAACAGUUUAUAAAGGAAUUUUUACUAAUGGAACCACUGUAGCUGUGAAGGUUCUACGUGGGAAUUCUGACAAGAGAAUUGAGGAGCAGUUUAUGGCAGAAGUUGGUACAAUUGGUAGAAUUCAUCAUUUCAAUCUUGUUAGGCUCUAUGGAUUUUGCUUUGAAAGAAGCUUGAUAGCACUGGUUUAUGAAUACAUGGGGAAUGGUUCUCUUGAUAGGUAUCUGUUUCAUGAGACGAAGACCUUAGGAUAUGAAAAGCUUCAUGAGAUUGCAGUUGGGACAGCAAGAGGCAUUGCUUACUUGCAUGAAGAGUGUCAACAAAGAAUAAUCCACUAUGAUAUAAAACCAGGAAAUAUUCUGUUGGAUAGGGACUUUAAUCCUAAAGUUGCUGAUUUUGGUUUGGCCAAGCUAUGCAACAGAGAAAAUACUCAUAUAACCAUGACUGGAGGUAGGGGGACUCCUGGUUACGCUGCACCUGAGCUUUGGAUGCCAUUUCCUAUAACUUUCAAGUGUGAUGUUUACAGCUUUGGCAUGCUGUUAUUUGAAAUAAUAGGUAGGAGAAGAAACCUUGACAUUAAACUUCAUGAAAGUCAGGAAUGGUUUCCAAUCUGGGCUUGGAAAAAAUUUGAUGCUGGAGAAUUGGAGGAGGUAAUAUUGGUCUGUGGGAUUGAGGAGAAAAAUAAGGAGAUUGCAGAAAGAAUGGUUAAGAUAGCUCUUUUAUGUGUUCAGUAUAGGCCAGAGUCAAGGCCUAUAAUGAGUGUUGUGGUGAAAAUGUUGGAAGGUUCUGCGGAAAUUCCAAAACCUUUUAACCCAUUUCAGCACAUAACGGAUGGGAUUUUCCCUGGUCAACCAGUGCAAGUUUCACAGACCAAUACAACAAGUAUUUCUUCUGGCUCUUCUGUUAUGGUAACUGACUCUAGUAUUGUAUGUGCUACUCCUCUUAUGAGGAAGUAUGAGAUUGAAUUAGCCUCUAGCAAUGGAUGA